AUGUAUGACAACGUCAAUGAGGCGCCUGGAUCCCCAGUAGGGAACCAAACAGAAAUUGUUGGGGAUACCGCGCCAUUUGGGGUGAAGAUCAGCCCUGCGGUUUCGUCUGAUGUGGGGCAAUCCCAGCGAAAUAUGAAGAGCAGCAAGGCACGUGAAAUGCUGAAUCGCAUUUUCAACAUUGUGCCAUACGGUGGAAUUGUCUCGAACGCCUUCAAUCUUGCAAGUGCGACACUUGGUGCUGGUAUCGUGCUGAUACCCUCCGGAUUUCGAGAUUCCGGCAUCAUCGUCGCUACUCUUCUUCUCUCACUGUGUUGCGCAUGCACCAUUUACUCCAUUCGACUUCUUGUGCUCACGAAGGAGAAGACGGGAUUUCGCUCCUAUGAGGAGUUGGCACGUGGUCUUUUUAUACGUGGUGUCGAUUACUUUGCGGCCUUGCUCAUGUUCAUGUUUUGCUUUGGGACCUGUGUUGGGUAUGUCAUAUCCGUCGGCGACUUACUUUCCCCGCUGCUCAGUGCGUCAUCGGUACCUGAGUUUUUUCGUACGGACAGUGGAAGUCGUCUACUGGUCAGCGGUAUUUGGCUGGUUGGAAUGUUUUCUCUCUCGCUCCCGAAGGAAAUCAACUCGCUUCGUUACGCCUCGGUGGUUGGUGUGGCUCUCAUCAUUUUCUUCGUCAUCUGCAUGAUCCUGCAUGCCGCCAACAAUGGCUUGCAGGGAGGGCUGUCGAAAAAUCUUUAUUUGUACAACAGCGGCACUAACGCAAUGAACGGACUCUCGCUGUUUAUUUUUGCCUUCAUUUGUCAAGUCAACUGCUUUGAGGUGUACGAGGAGAUGCGGGAUCCCUCACCAAAUCGGAUGACUCGUGACAGCACCUUAAGUAUGGUGACGGUGGGCCUGCUCUACUUUCUCGCGGGGUUCUUUGGCUAUGCGGACUUUGGCGACGCUGCCUCAAGCUCGGUGCUGCGGCUCUAUGAUCCCAGGAAUGACUUGUUGAUGGCUGUUGCAUACGUCGGCAUUGCGAUUAAGCUUUGCGUGGGAUUUGCGAUUUGCAUUCAGCCGUCACGUGACGCUGUCUACUAUGUCCUUCGUUGGGGGAAAACUUCUGACGUACCCACAUGGCGUAAUCUUCUCGUCAGCGGCUUUCUUGCGCUUCUCGCUUUGAUUCUCGGUCUUUUUAUACCGAGCAUCAACGUCGUGUUUGGAUUUCUGGGCGGCGUGUGCGGUGGCUUUUUGGCCUUUUUGUUCCCCGCCUUUUUUUAUAUUUACUCCGGCAACUGGUCUCUGAAAGAGGUGGGCUGGAUGAACUACAUCGCCACCCAUGUUCUUAUUAUCCUUGGAGUCGUCGCCGUGGUCUUUGGCACCGCCAUGACAAUUUACAGCGAAGCCCAUGGCUGA